CUAAAUCCUUCCUCCUUCAGUUUAAGGCUGUUCCCACUUCUCCUGUCACUCCACGUGUCCCAAGUCCCUCUCCAUCCUUCUUGCAGCCCCUUCCUCAGCCCACCCUCAGCACCCUCACCCUGCCCUGCCCGCAGGUAGCCAGCGGAGCAGCAGCAUGGCCUUCUCCUGACCCGCCAUCCCGGCAGGAAGCGGCGCGGGUUGCCGGGAGCGAUGUCGGCUCGGCGCAGCCAUGGCGAGCGCUGGCAGUCCCUGGGGAUCAGCCGCAAGGAGCUGGCGCUGGCCGAGGCCCUGCAGAUGGAAUACGACGCCCUGUCCCGGCUGCGGCAGGACAAGGAGGAGAGCCGGGCCAAGCAGAGGGGGGAGCGGCCCCUCAUCUCCUGGGACGACCCCGCCGACAGGAACGGCUGCUCCGGGAUCAAGGCGGCGCGAGGCCUGUCCGGCUCCGACCCCACGCUCAGCUCCAACGGCCCCGCCGAGCCCCAGGGCCCCCCCGCGCCCCCCGGCCCCAGCCCCCCGCGCCCCCCGGACCCCCAGCCCUGGCUGAAGGGCCCCCUGAGCGGGGACUACCUCUACAUCUUCGAGGGCUCCGGGGGGGAUUUCCUCGGGGAGCCCCUCAAUGGCACCUCGCCCCACGGCGGCGGCGGCGGCUCCCCCAAGAAGCUCUCGCCGCCCCCGCUGCCCCCCCGGCACCCGCUCUGGGGCUCCCCCGAGGGCGGCCAACGCCUGGGCAAGGGGUCCCCGCCGCCCUCCAAAGGCCCCCAGCCCAGGGACAUCAACAUGUUCUCGGCGGCCCAGGAGCGGGCGCAGGACAAGCUGCUCGGCCGCCGCAUCUCCGAGGAGGAUCCCUUCGGCCUCGGCGGCUACGGCGGCAUCGACGCCAUCACCUGCCUCAACCUCAAGUCCACCUACGAGUCCGGGGUGCUGAGGGAAGCUUCCCGGGGCUGGAAGGAGGGCAGGAGCAUCUUGGAGAAGGAGUCAAGUGGGAAGCCAGUGGCUCGGAGCAAGACUAUGCCCCCCCAGGUGCCCCCGCGGACGUACGGCAGCAGGAAGAACCUGGCGCCAGGCAAGAACCGCAGGAUCUCCGUUGACCCGGUUGCCCCCCGGCCUCACUCCUUCACCAACGGCUACGAGCUCUUCGAAGUGUCCGAGGAGCGGGACGAGGAGGUGGCUGCCUUCUGCCACAUGCUGGACGUGCUGCGCUCCAGCUCCAGCACCGAGGACUAUUCCCUCACGGGGCUGGUGUGGAACGCCGUGAACCUCAGCCCGGAGCAGCUGGGCCACGGCGUGAGCCUGAAGGUGACAGUGGUGUGUGACAGCCUGCGGGAGCCCCUCACCUUCACCUGCGACUGCUCCUCCACCGUGGACCUGCUCAUCUACCAGGCGCUGUGCUACACCCACGACGAGCUGCACGCCGUCGACGUCGAGGACUUCCUGCUCAAGAUCUGCGGCCUCGAGGAAUUCCUGCACAACAAACACGCCCUGGGCAGCCACGAGCACAUCCAGCACUGCAGGAAGUUUGACACGGACAUCCGGCUGCAGUUGAUGAGGAGGAAGGGGGUGCGCAGCGACCUGGCCCGCACGGCCAGCGACGACCAGAGCCCCUCCACCCUCAACCACUACAUCCACCUGCAGGAGAGGCCCAUCAAACAGACCAUCAGCAGGCAGGCCCUGAGUCUCCUCUUCGACACCUUCCACAACGAGGUGGAUGCUUUCCUGGCGGCCGAGGGAGACUUCCCCCUGAAGGCAGAGCGGGUGAUCCAGUCUGUCAUGGCCAUCUGCAACGCCCUGGCAGCCGUGGAGUCCCAGGAGAUCACGGCAGCCCUCAACCAGAUGCCCCCCUGCCCCUCCCGCAUGCAGCCCAAAAUCCAGAAGGAUCCAAAUGUCCUGGCCAAGAGGGAAAAUCGAGAGCGGAUCGUGGAGAGCCUGACAGCCGCCAUCCUGGACAUGGUGGAGCUCUACUGCAGCACCUUCAACGCCGACUUCCAGCCGGCCGUGCACGGGAGCCGGGAGCUGGGCGUGGCACAGGAGGCUCAGCUCCUCUCCUGCCCCCUGUCCUUCACCGUCUAUGCCACCCACCGCAUCCCCAUCACCUGGGCCGCCAGCUAUGAAGAUUUCUACCUCUCCUGCUCCCUCAGCCACGGCGGGAAGGAGCUGUGCAGCCCCCUGCUCACCAGGAAGGCCCACGUCUACAAAUACCUCUUCCACCUCAUCAUUUGGGACCAGCAGAUCUGCUUCCCAGUCCAGGUGAACCAUCUCCCACGGGAGACGCUGCUCAGUGUCACGCUCUUCGCUGUGCCCGUCCCACCCCCAGGCAGCUCCUCCGACACCAACAAGCAGCGGCGGGUCCCCGAGGCCCUGGGCUGGGUGACCACCCCCCUCUUCAACUUCAGGCAGGUCCUGACCUGUGGCAGGAAGCUCCUGGGCUUGUGGCCGGCGACCCAGGACAACUCCCGAGCCAGGUCGAGUGCCCCCAACUUCCACCAGCCCGACAGUGUCAUCCUGCAGAUCGACUUCCCCACCUCGGCCUUCGAGGUGAAGUUCACCAGCCCUCCCGCGGCCGAGUUCAGCCCCCGGUACGAGUUUGGCAGCCUGGGGGAGGAGGAGCAGCGCCAGCUGCGAGAGGCCAUGCAGAAGAAAUCGCUCUACUGGCUGACAGAUGCGGACCGGCAGCGGCUCUGGGAGAAGCGGUGCCACUGCCACGCCGAGCCCGGGGCCCUGCCCAUGCUGCUGGCCAGUGCCCCCAGCUGGGACUGGGCCUGCCUGCCCGACAUCUACGCCCUGCUCGGCCAGUGGACCUCCAUGAGCCACCAGGAUGCCCUGGGGCUCCUGCACGCCACGUUCCCAGACCAGGAGGUGAGGAGGACGGCCGUGCAGUGGAUCGACUCCAUCUCCGACACGGAGCUGCUGGACUACCUGCCCCAGCUGGUCCAGGCCCUGAAGUACGAGUGCUACCUGGACAGCCCCCUGGUGCGCUUCCUCAUGAAGAGAGCGAUCUGUGACCUCAAGAUCACCCACUACUUCUUCUGGCUGCUGAAGGACGGGCUCAAGGACUCCCAGUUCAGCAUCCGGUACCAGUACCUGCUGGCGGCCCUGCUGUGCUGCUGCGGGAAGGGGCUGCGGGAGGAGUUCGACCGCCAGUGCCUGCUGGUCAGCACACUGGCCAGGCUGGCACAGCAGGUCCGGGAUGCUGCCCCCUCCGCCCGCCAGGGCAUCCUCCGCGAGGGGCUGGAGGACGUGAAGCAGUUCUUCAAGGCUCACGGCUCGUGCCGGCUGCCGCUCAGCCCCAGCCUGCUGGUGAAGGGCAUCGUGCCCCGGGACUGCUCCUACUUCAACUCCAACGCCGUCCCGCUCAAGCUCUCCUUCCAGAACGUGGAUCCCCUGGGGGAAAACAUCCGAGUCAUCUUCAAGUGUGGCGAUGACCUGCGGCAGGACAUGCUGACGCUGCAGAUGAUCCGGAUCAUGAACAAGAUCUGGGUGCAGGAGGGGCUGGACAUGCGCAUGGUCAUCUUCCGCUGCUUCUCCACGGGCCGUGGGCGAGGCAUGGUGGAGAUGAUCCCCAACGCCGAGACCCUGCGCAAAAUCCAGGUGGAGCACGGCGUGACGGGCUCCUUCAAGGACCGGCCACUGGCAGACUGGCUGCAGAAACACAACCCCGAGGAGGACGAGUAUGAGAAGGCCGUGGAAAACUUCAUUUACUCCUGCGCCGGCUGCUGCGUGGCCACCUACGUGCUGGGGAUCUGUGACAGGCACAACGACAACAUCAUGCUCAAGACCACGGGCCACAUGUUCCACAUCGACUUCGGCAGGUUCCUGGGCCACGCGCAGAUGUUCGGCAACAUCAAGAGGGACCGGGCGCCGUUUGUCUUCACCUCGGACAUGGCCUAUGUCAUCAACGGCGGGGACAAGCCCUCCAGCCGCUUCCACGACUUCGUGGACCUGUGCUGCCAGGCCUACAACCUGAUCCGCAAGCACACCCACCUCUUCCUCAACCUGCUGGGGCUGAUGCUGUCCUGUGGCAUCCCCGAGCUCUCCGACCUGGAGGACCUCAAGUACGUCUACGAUGCCUUGAGGCCACAGGACUCUGAUGCCGAUGCCACCACCUACUUCACCAGGUUGAUCGAGUCCAGCCUGGGCAGCGUGGCCACCAAGCUCAACUUCUUCAUCCACAACCUGGCGCAGAUGAAGUUCACGGGCUCGGACGCCCGUCCCACGCUCUCCUUCGCCCCCCGCACGCACACCCUCAAGACGUCCGGCCGGAUCCGCGACGUCUUCCUGUGCCGCCACGAGAGGGUCUUCAACCCCAGCAAGGGCUACACCUACGUGGUGAAGGUGCAGCGGGAGAGCCCGGGCGAGGUGACCUUCGUGCAGCGCACCUUCGAGGAGUUCCAGGAGCUGCACAACAAACUGCGCCUCCUCUUCCCCUCCUCGCUGCUGCCCAGCUUCCCCAGCAGGUUCGUCAUCGGGCGCUCGCGGGGCGAGGCGGUGGCCGAGCGGCGCAAGGAGGAGCUGAACGGCUACAUCUGGCACCUGAUCCAUGCAGCCCCCGAGGUGGCAGAGUGUGACCUCAUCUACACCUUCUUCCACCCCCUGCCCCGGGACGAGAAGGCAGCUGGCACCAACCCGACCCCAAAGCCGGCAGACGCCACGUGGGCUCGUUCCCUGGGGAAGGUCGGCGGGGAGGUGAAACUCUCCAUCUCCUACAAGAACAACAAGCUCUUCAUCAUGGUGAUGCACAUCCGGGGGCUGCCCCCCUUGCAGGACGGCAACGACCCCGACCCCUACGUCAAGACCUACCUGCUGCCCGACCCCCAGAAAACAACCAAGAGGAAAACCAAAGUGGCCCGAAAAACCUGCAACCCCACCUACAACGAGAUGCUGGUGUACGACGGGAUCCCCCGGGGGGACCUGGAGCAGCGGGAGCUGCGGCUGAGCGUGCUGAGCGAGGAGGGCUUCUGGGAGAACAUCCUGCUGGGGGAGGUGGGCAUCCGCCUGCGCGACCUGGACCUGGCGCAGGAGAAGAUGGGCUGGUUCGCCCUGGGGUCCCGCGGCCACGGCACCCUCUGAGGGACCCCCCGGCACGGCCCCCGCGGCGCUGCCCACCCCGGGGUGUCCCCGAGGGAUCCUGCCACGGGUGCCUCCUUUUUUAAGUUUACCUUGUGUCAAGGGAGCAACGCGGGGCGGGAGGGGCGGGCAGAGGCGUGGGGGGCGUUUCGGGGCUUAUUUCUUCCUUUGGGAUAUCUGUAUUUUAAUUUUUUUUAAUAACGAGUAGCCGGGCACCGGGGGCGGAGGGGAGAGGGAGGUGGUGCAGGGCUUUGCUGUGGGCUGGAGGGGGUGUGUAUCCCCUCCGGGUCCAGCCCCAGCCUGCCUGGAGCCGGGCAAUUCCCACCCCGGGGAAUUCGCUCCCAAAGGAGAGCGGCGUGGCGGGGUGCCCGUUCCGUGUGGCUGAGCCCUCCCCGAUGCCACGGGAAGGGGACAGCCGGCCCAUCUCCCUGUCCCUGUGCCGUGGGGACAUCCAUCUCCUCGCCUGCCACCCGGCCCCGGGUGCGGGCUUGGUGCCUGUGGUGCUUUGUUUACAGCGACAGCUCCGUAAACGGACGAAAUGUUUCUCAGGAUCGAGAAUAAUGAACUUAACCUUUAUAUUAAAAGUUUUAAAUAUUGGU